GGACCGUCGAGUGCGACCUUCCCGCUCUUCCACAUAUGCAAUGAGACUCAAGUUUAAUGAGACACUAAUGGUCAUUCCUCUAUAAUAUGCUGCACUCUUAUGACCUCCGCCCUCCUAAACGUAUCCUUCAAAGCAUUUAGGCCUUCCAUUGCGAAUUCCUUCUCGCAGCACUCGCCAGCUUCUCCAAACUCUACUGAACGGUGCAACUCCAGAUGGAACAACCGGAUGCGUUCUGACGAGAAGGUUGAGUGAGAGCGGGAAUCACAUGGAUCUUAUGUUUGAGAAUCAUGCUCUGAAGGACUCGUACGUUGUGUCUCGUCCAUACGAAUCUGAGCAGCGAACCAA